GAUCUCAUCAUAUUCGGAAGUGACCUUUUAACGUGUGCUUGCUAGUCGUGACCUUCAAAAUUACAGAAGAAAGGAAAAGAAAAGAAAUCUAUCGAAAUCUCAGCUGCCGUCUCACUUAAUUAUGCUGAUCGAUAAAAAAUGGCGAAAUCAAAAACUGCUCUUUAUGCUGCUGGGUUAACUUGUUACGGGUUCUUGUGCUUCGCUUUGGCUUCAGCCGCUAUUGGCAUACCCAUUUGGGGCUAUUACGACAGUUCAAAUGGUGGCUACGACUACGACCGUGGAUACUUUGGUCCCUUUAAAGUAUGUAAACAGUUGGCAUACAAUCGUGAAAAGUGUGGUAAUGAAGUCUCCAAAUUUCGGCUUAACUCUGCCGUAUAUGUUAGUGGCUUAUUGGCCAUCAUUAGCUCAGCUGCGCUGGGUAUAUUCUGCAUUUUAUCGGUGAUACAAAUUGCAAUGAUUUCAUCACGUGAUAAGGUUGUGAUGUCUUAUACUAGCUUAGUAAUGAUAAAAUUGAUCUUAGCAAUAAUUGGAUGUAUACUAGCAUUGAUUGCUGCUGUCCUCUUUGCUUUGCAAAUAGAUGAAUCGGAAAAGUAUGGAUUUAGAAUCUCACGUGGUAUAUCAUUUUAUUUACAGAUAGUUACCAUAAUUUUAAGCAUAGGACUUGUCUUAACCUCAGUAUAUGAUAUGCUUUUCUCACGUCGCCCUGGAGGAGACCCAACGAUGACUGUAGAUGCUUCAUCACCAUCUAGUGCAACAACAUAUAAUAAUCCAGGCUAUAAAGAGCCACGUACCAAAAAUGGUGUUUCAGUCACAGAUGCUUCCGGCAAACCUUAUAGCAAUAUACGGAAUGGAAGCAGUGUGGCGUCGUUGAGUACAACAGUAACAAGCGUUUCAAAUGGUUCGACUAUGGAAUCAGUUACACGCUCACCUUUACGUUCCAGUUUGAAAAAACCUCGACCACCUCGAGAUAAUACGUUAGGCAUACAAAAUCCAGGGUUCUCUGGCUCAGGGAGCUCGCCGCCUAUGAAUCGUAGUGGUAGUGUUAAGAAAGUACGAAUACAGACACACAGUACCGAGGUGUGAAAAUUUAAUUUGACACACUUAGACAUAAAAUUUUUAUUACAUUUAAUUAAAAACAAAAAAUAAAUUAAAUUAUUAAAAUAAAAAUAAAACAUUCGCAUAUUCAAUGAAACAAAGACUGUGUAUAGAGAAAAAUCAUUAAGAAAUUAAAGUUCUAAAAUAAUACAAAAAAAAAAACAAAAAAACAUUUACAUAAACACAGAUACA